AUGGAAACUCCACAGUCUGCACAGAUCAACAACGUAGAAUAUUUCGCUCCGGUGGAAGUAGCAGCACAUGGCGGAGCAGCAAGCAACCCCGCACCUCCGCCGCUCCCGCUUCAGGAAACUUCUAGAGGAAAGAGAGCUAGCGGUGGGAAAUCUGGACGUCUGAUGAUCAAGGGGCCAUGGUCUUUGGAAGAAGACAGGAAACUUGUUGAGUUGGUGAAUUUACAUGGCGAGGGAAAGUGGGCCGAGAUAUCAGAGAGCAUGAUCGGAAGGGCCGGAAAACAGUGCCGUGAGCGGUGGCGCAACAACUUGCGGCCUGGCAUCAAGAGGGAUCCCUGGACCGAAACGGAAGAGUUGGUCUUAGUGGAAGCACACAGGAGAAUCCUCAAUAAAUGGGCUACAAUCGCGAUGUGUAUUCCCGGUCGAACGGAAAAUGGUAUCAAGAACCAUUGGAAUACAACCAAAAAAAGGUUGAAGAAACAGAUGAAGAAACCAUCACAGCACCACAGGCGCCCCACCAUUCUUGAAUCCUACAUGAAAGCGGUGAUUCUGAGAGACGCCGCCACCACUGCCGCCCCCGCCCCAACCAUUCCUGCUGGUCGACCCACUGUUUUCGGGGACGGGUCGAACCAGGUUGGUCUUGCCCAGCUGAACUUCUCUGAUUCGUCCAGCAAUGGCCGCUCUUUCCAAGUCAUGAAGCAGACUUAUUUUGGAGCAGCACCCACUAAUUCAGCUUCUGUGAAUUACUUCGCUGGUCAAGCUUCUUCAAGUUGGAAUGAGUAUGGGAAUUUGAUGGGCACAGUUUUUCCAUCUCUCUGUCCCUGGGCUGGGAAUUAG